AUGGUUACCGAGGGCUUGGGAAACCCAUGCUCCGUCUGCUUCGACGAUUCCUCGUCGACUCCCAACGCCCAGCCCAAGUCGGCCGUCGACGGGCGCCCUCGAUCUAGCGCCCCGACUUCGGCGCCAGACUCCCAGAGCCCGGCCGCUGCCCUCAAUGACGCCCUCCGCGAGCUGCACAUUGCCCGAAGCGCCUCCGUCCCGGCCUCGGAGCAGGACGCUCAAGCGAAGCGCGCUGCCUUGCGGCACACUGCCGCAGCGGCCGGCGUUGGCGCCGCCUCCACUUCGGCUCUCGAAAGCGUCUUGGACAGCCUAAGGCCCGGCUUUCCACAACACUCGCGCCGCGAUUCCAGCUUCCGACGAACAUACGAUGAGACGGUCACCAAGAAACAAGGCCCCUGCGAUAAUUGUGCCAUGACGCUCCCGCGGCGACAGACUAGCGCCGGCAGCAGUCGCGAACACGCGACCGAUACACAAAGGCCGACGCUGCGGACCCGAACGCCCAUCGAGCGAGUCUUUGGGGCUGCCGACCAAGCCUCGCCUCCAAGCUCGCAGUCCUCGAGCGAUACCGAUGGAGACGAGGCCACGCGGCGCGUGCGCAAUAGGAGGGCGGCAAUGGUCAGCUCACGAACCACGUCGUGCUCCAGCAUGUCGACGUCGUCGGACAGAUCGGCGUAUCACUUCCACUACAUUAAUUACACGUCCACCCACGAGCCCAUCCAGGCAGACUCCUUUUCUCUCGUCCGAGCCUCGUGUCUACGAGCUCUGUCCUUUGAGACUCUUCCAAGAGCCCCUUCAACCUCGACGCCCGCCUCUUCUCCGCAGCUGAACCAUUCGCCCUCCUUCGUAACGACACAAAGUCCCGGGUCGGCAGCUACGGGAGGCGCCAUCUUCUUCGGCGACGCCAUGGCAGGCUACACGACCGCAUACAUCUUUCGCAUCCCCGACCUCCACGCUCGUGGUCACAAGCGCGUCUAUGCCUUCUUGGCUCUGAGCACGUACAAGGAGAGACUCGCCAUGAAGACGUUUGCCAUGGUUUCGGCAGCUUUUCGCGAUCUGGCAACUUGGAUCCAGCAGCUUGCAGAGGCCGAGGCAGAGCGGACGAGAGAGUCGUCGCCCAUCGGCAGUGUCUUGCACAAUGGAGCGUGGAUUCCCCCACCAACAAUCUUUCUCACGGGCGGAAGCGGUUUCGCAAGGCGCAUGGGCGGCCCAGGCGGCACCUCGUCACUCAAGGCCCGCGGGCUCGCCGAACUCGUUGGCCAACCCGACUUUUUCAUCGAGCUCCACGGAAAGUUCAUCCGGCUUCUGUUGGAGGUCGGGGUCGCGUUGAGUUCCUAG